AUGGCUUUCCCUUGUUCUGCAUCCCUUUCCAAGAAGGUUCUCUUCAUAAUGGGUUCAACUGGCACCGGAAAAACCAAACUUUCCAUCAACUUGGGCAUGCAAUUUCCCUCUGAAAUUAUCAACUCUGACAAAAUCCAAGUAUACAAGGGUCUUGACAUUGUAGUGAACAAGAUACCAAAAUCUGAACGUUGUGGCAUUCCCCAUCACUUGUUAGAUGUCAUUGAAAAUCUUGAUUAUGACUUCACUGUUGAUGACUUUUGCAAGCAGGCAAUUGCUGCUAUUGAUCUCAUUCAUGAAAAUGGGCACUUGCCCAUAAUUGUUGGAGGCUCCAAUAACUAUUUAGAAGCACUAGUGGAGGACCCCAACAAUGCAUUUCGUUCCAAAUAUGAAUGUUGCUUCAUUUGGCUUCAUGUGUCUUUGCCUGUGUUAUUUCAAUACUUAGACAAAAGGGUUGAUGAAAUGGUGGAUGCAGGGCUUGUGGAUGAGAUUCGAAGAGCUUUUGUCCCUGGAGCAGAUUACUCUAAUGGGAUUAGAAGAGCCAUUGGAAUUCCUGAGUUUGAACAAUAUAUUCUGGUGGAGAAAGAAACAAAUGAUGAGGCUUAUAGACAAAAGAUAUUUCACGAUGCAAUUAAGAAAACUAAAGAAAAUACUCGUGUGUUGGCUGAAGUUCAACUUGGGAAGAUCCAAAGGCUAAAUGAUGAGCUUGGAUGGGGAAUGAACAUGAUUGAUUCUACUGAAGUGUUUGAGGCUAUUUUAAAAGGAGAAAAUUAUAAGGAUUUGUACCAAGAGAUUGUAUCUGAUCCAAGCAUGGAUAUAGUGAAAAGGUUUCUAGAGGAGACAACAGAAGACCUUACAAGUUACCAAAAUGGUGAAGAAGCAGAAAAUUGUGCUUAA